AAAAAAAUGGUUAGGAUUUCAGUUUUAUGGAUUUUGGUUAUUUUGGUUACAAUAGGAGUCAUGGUUAGUGUCUCAUUCGCUGAUAACAAUGAAGUGAAAUCAACUGAUUUGAAGAAAGUCAAAGGAGAAGAAACUGAUCGUUCCAUUAGUAAGGUAAAUGAUCACGAUGAUGAUGAUGACGACAAAGAUAGUGAUGGAGAUCAUGAUCAUGAUCAUGAUCAUGAAAAUGAUAAUGAUGAUCAUGACAAUGAUAAUGAUGAUCAUGACAAUGACGAUCAUGAUCAUGAUCAUGAUAACGAUAAUGAUAACGAUAACGAUAACGACAACGACGGAGAAGAUGACAAUGAUAAUGAAGAUGACGGUGAUAAUGAUGGUGAUGGUGAUGGUGAUGAUGAUGAUGAAGAUGAAGGAAAGAAGACGCUGGGGGUACACGAGCUAAAGAAGGGGAAUCUAACGGUCAAAUUUACAAACAGGGGUGCUUCUAUCAUGUCUCUCCUUUUCCCUAAUAAACAUGGAAUAGUUGAGGACAUUGUUCUUGGAUACGACAGCGUUAAUGACUACACGAAUGAUACGGUCUUUUGUGGAGCGACGGUUGCACGUGUAAGCAAUACUAGAGAAAAGACCGUUGCCAACGAUGGUAACAAUACCGAAUUAGGUGGGAAGAAAGGGUCUGGUGAUGUGAUUUGGACUGUUAAGAAACACAACCAUAACAGCAAAAAACCUUAUAUUGUUUUCACAUAUACAAGUCCUGAUCAUGGCGAUCAUCAAGGGAAACUUGAGGUCAGUGUAACGUAUAAGCUGGUGGGAGAAAACAAAUUGAAAAUGGUGAUGGAAGCAAAGGCUAAAGAGAAAACAACUCCGGUGAAUUUAGUUCAUCGUUCUUACUGGAAUCUUGGUGGUCGUCGUCAUAACGAUGGAGACAUCUAUUCUGAAGAAAUUCAGAUUCUAGGUUCCGGUUAUGCUCACCUCGACGACAAUCUCACUCCAACCGGGAAAAUCCUAUCCGUUAAAGGAACACCGUACGAUUUUCGCCAACUCCGACCUAUUGAAGCCAACUUCAUUAAUGAGCUUAAGAAGACAGGGUUUGGUAUAAAUUAUUGUCUAGAUGGUGUUGCAAAUAAGAUGAGAAAAGUCGUGGAGCUUGUGGACAAGAAAUCGAAGAUAAGAAUGGAGUUAUCUACAGACCAAUCUGGUCUACGAUUCUAUACCGGAGAAAGGUCUAAAAACAAUAAAGGAGAAAAUGGAUCGGUUCGUAAAGCUUACACUGGUUUAUGUCUGGAAUCACAUGCAAUCAAUUACAAGUAUCUUCCUUUGCAGAUGGUUGAACCGGGGAAAACUAAUUAUAAGCAUACUAUGCUUUUUAUGUUUUCGAUUGUUCCCUAAACUUCGUCAAUUUUUCUGCAAAGCUUAUGACCAGAAAAAUAAUAAGAAUAAAUCUGUUGUGUUAGUUUUCUUCUUUUUGUUUUUGUUUUUGU